CCCUAAGGGAUGCUAAAGUUAGAAACGCUAAACCGCUAUGAUAAAUGUCGGCAUCUCUGUUCUUUCGUCGGCUUUUUCACCGUAACCCUCAUGACGUCCAAUCAACCCACCCGCCGCCGAUAUCAGCCCCUGGGUCACCCCCAAUCAAUAGCAUCCCCAACUGGUCUCGAGCGGUUAUUGAAUCCAUCGAGAAUGAUAUACUGUCCGACCAGUCUGAUGGCAGUCGUACUGACCCCAGUUGUCUCCCACGCCUGCCCUCAGACUACCGUUGUCUCUCUUCUACUCUAAGCGAUAAUGCAUCAUCACCACCUGUAAACAUCCAUCCCCAAAGCCAAAGCCCAUUUUUCUCUCUCCUCCCCCCCGAGAUCCGCCAUCUUAUCUAUCUCUUCGCAUUUGGCAACCGCCGAAUCCACCUAGACUUCGACUUCAACCUCCAACUAGGCCGGUGGACAUGGUGGCAUCGUAUCUGCGACGAUGCGCAAAACUGCCCCGAUAAGCCAUUCCCUUGUCCCGAGCACGCGGGGGCAGAAGAAGCAAUGCUCAAACUCGCCUCCAGCUCCUGGGUAAAAGAGAACUUCGAGUACAAAUUGGACGCAGUAAACUGGUUCCGAUGUUGUCGGCGUGGAUACCAAGAGUCUUUCCAGAUUCUCUACACAUCCAACACGUUAGUUCUCACGCACGGCAUUGACCAAAUUUUCCGGCUUUCGCGCGUUAUGCCACGGGAGUAUCUGGCUCUCAUUUCUUCGUUGUCUGUUGAAAUUGAUAUUUAUCGGGUUUGCAGGGAGCCGCCGCGGAUGGAGGCCCGGUUUAAGUCGUUUUACGAUGCUCUCUUUGAGAUACUCCUCUGCGAGCUUGCGCAUGUGAGGGAUUUGAGGUUUUCGAUUGCGGGAUUGCCUUGUCAGGCUGAGAGAUUGGUUGGGUGGCAGAGCGUCGAUGUGCUGUCUUGGAUUGCGCCGUGGGAUGCAUUGGCGCUUAGCCGCGAUUGGAGAAGGCUUGAGAUAGCAUUGCCCCGGACUUGGGUCGCAAACUUUGAGGAAGUGGUGGAGCGGAGGAGUGUAGUUGAGCAGGGGAAGAGGUAUAAAAUUGUGGUUGGGGGUGAUAUCUGUCCGAGAGGGUGGUAAGGUUUCUGGAAUUAAGUUGUGGUUUUAUGAUGGUAAAUUGGUUCACAUUGGAUAUUACGGUCAUUGCAAC